GCCGAACGUGAUCAAACAGAUCACCCGGCUUGAUUGCAAGGCAUGCAAUCUCUGUCACAUACCAACUAGCAUAGCAACCACGUAGAUCUACUGCGAUUAGAAGUUUGUAUUUAGCUACACAGAGCGCGGACAUAUAUAUUAUUUAAUGUUAGUUUGUACAUUGUAUCUGCGCGGUUGUCUGUAGGAAUAUAGAUCUACCACAUCGGAGAAACCAGGAUGGAGUGGCAGCCGGAUGAACAAGGUCUACAGCAAGUGCUUCAAUUACUCAAGGAUUCCCAGUCCCCAGACACAGCAACACAGAGAGCUGUACAAGAAAAACUGGAACAGCUUAACCAGUUUCCAGAUUUCAACAACUAUCUCAUCUUUGUUCUCACAAGCCUAAAAUCUGAAGAUGAGCCCACUCGCUCUCUGAGUGGUCUGAUUCUGAAGAACAAUGUGAAAGCUCACUACCAGAACUUCCCUCCCAAUGUGGCAGACUUCAUCAAACGAGAAUGCCUCAACAACAUCGGAGACCCUUCACCGCUUAUCAGAGCUACAAUCGGCAUUCUGAUCACGACCAUCGCCUCCAAAGGAGAGCUGCAGACCUGGCCAGAGCUGCUGCCUCAGCUCUGUAACUUGCUCAACUCGGAGGACUAUAACACCUGCGAGGGUUCUUUUGGAGCACUGCAAAAGAUCUGUGAGGAUUCAUCAGAGUUGUUGGAUAGCGAUGCUUUGAACAGACCUCUCAACAUCAUGAUCCCCAAAUUCCUCCAGUUUUUCAAACAUUGCAGCCCCAAGAUCAGGUCCCAUGCUAUAGCUUGUGUGAACCAGUUUAUCAUUGGCCGAGCUCAGGCUCUGAUGGAUAACAUCGACACCUUUAUUGAGAGUCUGUUUGCUCUGGCCGGGGACGAGGACAGUGAAGUGAGGAAGAAUGUGUGCAGGGCUCUGGUUAUGCUCCUAGAAGUCCGAAUUGACCGUCUCAUCCCACACAUGCACAGCAUCAUCCAGUAUAUGCUCCAACGGACGCAGGACCCAGAUGAGAAUGUGGCCCUGGAGGCCUGUGAGUUCUGGCUGACACUGGCUGAACAGCCCAUCUGUAAAGAGGCCCUUUCUGGCCACUUGGUCCAACUGAUACCUAUAUUGGUGAAUGGGAUGAAGUAUUCUGAGAUAGAUAUUAUUCUACUGAAGGGUGAUGUUGAAGAGGACGAGACUAUUCCAGACAGCGAGCAGGACAUCAAGCCUCGCUUCCACAAGUCCCGCACUGUCACUCUGCAGCAUGAAGGAGGGGAGGGCGAGGAGGGGGAGGACAUCGAUGAAGAUGAGGACGAUGAUGAUGACACGCUGUCUGAUUGGAACCUACGGAAGUGCUCUGCUGCCGCUCUGGAUGUUCUUGCCAACGUGUUUCGUGAGGAGUUGCUGCCUCAUCUCCUCCCUUUGCUCAAAGGCCUGCUUUUCCAUCCUGAUUGGGUCAUCAAGGAGUCUGGCAUCCUGGUGCUUGGGGCUAUUGCUGAGGGAUGUAUGCAGGGUAUGGUACCUUACUUGCCUGAGCUUAUCCCUCACCUCAUCCAGUGUUUAUGUGACAAGAAGGCCUUGGUGCGCUCCAUUGCCUGCUGGACCCUCAGUCGCUACGCCCACUGGGUGGUCAGCCAGCCCCCUGAUGCUCACCUCAAACCCCUCAUGACAGAGCUGCUCAAACGGAUCCUGGAUGGCAACAAGAGAGUGCAAGAGGCUGCAUGCAGUGCAUUUGCCACUCUGGAGGAAGAAGCAUGCACAGAGCUGGUGCCAUACCUGAGCUUUAUCCUGGACACCCUGGUUUUUGCUUUUGGGAAGUACCAGCACAAAAACCUCCUCAUCCUCUAUGAUGCCAUAGGAACACUGGCAGACUCUGUGGGACACCAUCUCAACCAGCCUGAGUACAUACAAAAGCUGAUGCCUCCACUGAUAGCCAAGUGGAAUGAGUUGAAGGAUGAGGACAAAGAUCUCUUCCCUCUGCUCGAGUGUCUGUCAUCUGUUGCCACAGCGCUGCAGAGCGGGUUCCUUCCCUAUUGUGAGCCCGUCUAUCAGCGCUGUGUCACCCUGGUCCAGAAGACCCUUGCUCAGGCCAUGAUGUACAGUCAGCAGCCAGACCAGUAUGAAGCACCCGACAAGGACUUCAUGAUUGUGGCCUUGGAUCUUUUAAGUGGGUUGGCAGAGGGACUUGGAGGCCACGUGGACACACUCGUGGCUCGCAGUAAUAUCAUGACCCUGCUUUUCCAAUGUAUGCAGUCCCAGGAUACGAUGCCCGAAGUAAGACAGAGUUCAUUUGCUCUGCUGGGUGACUUGACCAAGGCUUGCUUUCCUCAUGUCAAACCCUGUAUUGCUGAAUUCAUGCCAAUCCUCGGAACAAAUCUGAACCCAGAGUUCAUCUCCGUCUGCAAUAACGCUACCUGGGCCAUAGGAGAGAUCUGCAUGCAGAUGGGAGUGGAGAUGCAGCCAUACAUUGCUAUGGUUCUGAACCAGCUGGUGGAGAUUAUUAAUCGACCCAAUACUCCCAAGACCCUGUUGGAGAACACCGCAAUCACCAUUGGCCGGCUGGGCUAUGUGUGUCCUCAGGAGGUUGCUCCCAUGUUGCCGCAGUUCAUCCGACCCUGGUGUACGUCUCUCCGAAACAUCCGAGACAACGAGGAGAAAGACUCCGCCUUCCGUGGGAUUUGCAUUAUGAUUGGCGUGAACCCUGGAGGUGUGGUGCAGGACUUCAUCUUCUUCUGUGACGCAGUGGCCUCCUGGGUUAAUCCUAAAGAUGACCUGAGAGACAUGUUCUACAAGAUCUUGCAUGGUUUUAAGGAGCAGGUUGGGGAGGAGAACUGGCAACAGUUUUCAGAGCAGUUCCCACCACUGCUGAAGGAGAGACUGGCAGCCUGCUAUGGGGUUUAGA